AUGGACUCGUUCAAUGGCAUGGACUUUGAAAGCGACCUCUUGGGCGGCUUCGACGAGUUCCCGCUGGGCGGCAAUGGCAUGCCCACCAUGGGCGGCACGGGCCUGGACUCGCCGUCGGGCAUGCCCUUUAGCGUCGGCACGCCGACCGGUAUGCCGAGCCUCAAUGGAUCGAUGCCGUUCGGCAUGAACAAUAGAGCGUCCGGCUCGGGCCCGCCCGGCGACCUCCGCGGCCGCGACAACGAUGCGUUCAACGAGAGCGACGACAUUGGCAGCUUCUUUGACAACGACCUGCCCAACAAGAAGCCCGACGACGACAAGAACAAGCCGUCGCACGGCAUGGACAAGCCGCCGAUGGGCGGCCUCAACAACAACAACAACGGCGGUGGCCACGGUCCCAACGCGCCUCAUAGUAUGCAGAACAACACACGGAAGGACGACCCGACCAUGAACCGCGGUCCGCAGCAAGCCAACAAGCCGCCGCCCAACCGAUUAUCAGAAAGCAACAACACGGAGUCGCUCCUCUCGACGCUGCUCAUGACGGACCAGCCGGCCGGCGGCAAUCGACCCGGCAUCCCCGGCAUGCACGGCGGCAACCAACCGCCGCACAACCAAGGCCACCCGAACAUGAACAACUACAUGAACCCGCGCUACAGCAGCAACGGCAUGAUGAUGCCUCCGAACGCGGGCGGGCCGCCGCAGUCGUCCAUGUAUGGCGGGUACAACGCCGGCCCGGGCCAGCCGCGACCGCCGUACGCGCAGCACCACACGCUCCAGCGCACAAACAGUGGCCUCAUGAACCCGCCGCCGGCCGCGCCGACGAUGGGCCGUGGCGGUAUGCCGAUUAGCUACCCCACGGACUACGACCAAGAACUCGCAAAGCUCAAGAGCGUGCUUGCAGCUCAGCCCGACUUGAUCCCGCCGCCGCAAGAUGUGCUCCGCGUGACGCAGCACCAGUGCCUCGCCAACUCGGGCCGGAUGCCGCAUGGCGCGCCGCCCGGGAACUUCCAUCCGGGUGGCAUGAACCCCGGCAUGCCGCCGGGUGGUAUGCCGUCGUACCGGCCACCGCAGGGCUCGCCGCCGCCCGGUGGCAUGAUGAUGGAGACGCGUCCGUCGCCGUCGCAGCCGCCUUCGUCGUCGACGCCCAAUGUCGUGCCACCAUCGAUGCCGUCGCCGGCGGUCGUGGGCCGUCCUCAGCAGCCGCCGCCCGGCCAAAUGGCGGUGGCGACGCCUGGGAAGGCGACCGUAUGGCAGUCGGAGAACGACGUGCCGCUUCGCCGCAAGAUGAUUGCCAAGAUCGUGAGUUUGCUGCAGCAGCGCAAGCCGGACGCGCCCGCCGAGUGGAUUCGGCGUCUGCCCGACAUGGCCCGUCGGCUCGAAGACUCGCUGUACCGCACGGCGUCGGGGCGCGAGGUGUACGGCAACUUUGCGACGCUCAAGCAGCGGCUCCAGCAGCUCGCUGUCACGAUGGGUGCGCGCGCGGCCAAGUCGGGUAUGAACGCGUCACAGUCGACCAGUCCGAGCAACCCGGCUGCGCUCAUGAACGCGCCGGGCAUGCCGCCGCAGCGUAGCCUCUCGAUGGGCAACAUGACGAACGGCCCGCCCAACCACUCGCCGCCGACGUCGACGCCGCCCAACCCGAACGCGCCGCGCAACCCGCAGCAGCAGAUGCAAAUGCAGCAGCAGAUGCAAAUGCACCAGCGCAUGCAGCAGCAGCAGCACGCGGGCCAGAUGCAGCACCCCGGCAAUAUGAACGGCCGGAGCCCGCAGAUGCCCAACGGCGGCCCGUCGCAGGCCAACCAAGGCAACCCCAACAACCCGCAGCAGCAGCAGCAGCAAGGCAACAACAACCCGAACAACAACAACAACAACGCGGGCAUGGGCUUCAACAACCAAGGCAACCGCCCCAAUUACACACAACAACAACAACAACAACAGCAGCAGCACCAGCAGCACCAGCAACAACAGCACCAGCAGCACCAGCAGCAGCAGCAGCACCAACAGCAGCAGCAGCUGCAGCGGUCCCAGUCGUUCCCGCAAAACUCGUUCCCGGGCCAGCAACAGCAGAACCGGCCGCCGAACGGCCCGCCGAGCAACAACCCGAACGCACGACCGGCCCCCGGCGGCCAGCGACCGUCGAACGCAUCGGGACGCCUCUCGGUGGAUAGCGGCCUCAACGACCUGACGGCCGACUCGCCAGACCUCUUUGGGAUGGAUCUCAUGGACGGCGACGGGGAUCUGCACGACGGUCUCGACACAACGACGGACUUUAGCGGUCUCCUCAGCGGGUCGUCGUCGGCCAAGAAGAGCCCGAGCACGUCGCCCAAGGACAGUGGCGGCAAGUCGUUGAAGCGGACGUUGUCGCAGUCAGAGAUGGGUGCCAACGCGGCGUCCAAGCGAGCGAAGCCACCCGUGAAGCGGACGCCCAAGACGCCGCCCGCGUCCGCCUCGCCAGGUCCGUCGGGAAAGACGCCGCCGCCGCAAGCUUCCAAGCCCAAGACGCCACCGCCUUCUGUGAAUGUGCCCAAGUAG